AUGGGAUGGCUUGCUACAAAGGAUAGACUCAUCCGUUUUGGUGUGAACCUUGAAAAGACCCGUACCUUUUGUCAUGAAGAUGAUUCCAUUGACCAUCUUUUCUUUGCUUGCAGGAAAACAAACACCAUAUGGAAGACCAUUUUGCAAUGGAUUGGUUACUUGAGAACUCCUAUGCAAUGGUAUGUUGAAAAGGCGUGGUUGACACAAGAGAGUAAUAGGAAAGGCUGGAAACGACAGAUGCUUAAAGUGGCACUAGCUGAGACGGUUUACUUCCUAUGGAAAGCUAGGAAUGAUCACAUAUUCAACCAACUUGACAUGGGAAGUGAAAUUAUUCCAAGAAUCAAAACUAGUAUAGUCACUAGCAGUAGCUUAUCUAAACACCUUAGAGGACAUGUUAAUGUAGUCAAUAUGAGCAUUAGCUAG